AUGAAGCUUCGCGGUGUCUUUCGUGCGGCCAAGUUACCCAACGGACAAAGCGCCAUUGGCACAAAGUGGGUCUUCAAGAUCAAGCGCAAGGCGGAAGGGUCGAUCGAGAAAUACAAGGCACGACUUGUGGCCAAGGGUUUUCGCCAAAAGUAUGGCAUCGACUACACGGAGACGUUCUCGCCCGUGGUCAAGUAUGUGACGCUGCGAAUGGUCAUCGCCAUUACCAAGCACUUUGGAUGGCCCCUCGACCAGCUCGAUGUGGUGACUGCGUUCCUGUAUGGAGUGAUUGUUGACGGUCAUCGGUUUCUACCAGUAUUGGUAACCGUGACCGGUCCAAUCCGAACCGCCUGUUCAGCUUAG